AUGCCCGAGUCCUUGGUUUCUGACUCGUCUUCCAUGAAGAAUGAAGAACAGAAAUGGAAGGAGAUUGAGGAAGCAGCAGAACACCUCGACCAAAUGCCAUCAUGGGACUCUGCCGACAACACCCUCAUGAUGCAAGCCUUCGAAUGGCAUGUCCCCAAUGAUCAAGCCCACUGGCGCCGUUUGCACAACCUCCUACCAAGUCUCAAGGACAUCGGGGUAGAUAACAUCUGGAUUCCUCCUGGAUGCAAAGCCAUGAGUCCGUCUGGUAAUGGUUAUGACAUUUAUGAUUUGUAUGACUUGGGAGAAUUCGACCAGAAGGGAUCGCGGGCGACGAAAUGGGGGACUAAGGAGGAGCUUUUGGAUCUUAUAUGGCUGGCUCAGGAUUUAGGUGUUGGGAUUUAUUGGGAUGCUGUGUUGAACCACAAGGCUGCUGCGGAUCAUCCGGAGCGCUUCUCUGCGGUUAGAGUUGAUCCUGAGGAACGAAAUAUCGACAUCUCACAACCUGAAGAAGUUGAAGGUUGGGUAGGCUACAACUUCCCCGGCCGCGGCGAAACAUACAGCUCCAUGAAAUACCACUGGUACCACUUCAGUGGCAUCGACUGGGACGACUCCCAAAAAACAAACGCUAUAUACAAAAUCGUCGGUCCAGAUAAAGGAUGGGCCCAGGAUGUCAGUGACGAGAACGGCAACUACGACUUUUUGAUGUUUGCCGACCUGGACUAUUCCAACGCAGAAGUCAGAGCUGAUGUUCUCAGAUGGGGUGAAUGGAUCGGGACAGAGCUCCCUCUUAGCGGCAUGAGGUUGGAUGCUGUGAAGCAUUAUUCUGCUGCUUUUCAGAGAGAGUUUAUUGACCAUAUCCGGAGUACUGUUGGGCCUGAGUGGUUUAUUAUCGGGGAGUACUGGAAGGGUGAGGUGGAUGUGCUGCUUAAAUACCUGGAGGAGAUGAGAUACCGACUUUCGUUAUUCGAUGCGCCACUAGUUUACCGAUUUUCAAGUAUUUCGCGUACGAAAGGAGGUGAUAUGAGGACGGUAUUCGAUGAUACGCUUGUACAAAGCAAGCCGGACCAUGCAGUGACCUUCGUCACGAACCACGACACACAACCAGGACAAUCUCUAGAGGCCCCUGUAGCCUCUUUCUUCAAACCCCUCGCCUACGCCCUAAUCCUUCUCCGAAGCCAAGGCCAGCCAUGCAUCUUCUAUGGCGACCUCUACGGCAUGAAAGAAGACGUCGAAAACCCCCUAACACCCGCCUGCAACGGCAAACUCCCCAUCCUCACCAAAGCCCGCAAACUCUACGCCUACGGCGAACAACGUGACUACUUUGACAGUCGGAACUGCAUAGGCUUCGUCCGCUACGGCAACCUCCACCACCCCUUCGGCCUCGCCUGCGUGAUGAGCAACGCCGAAGCCUUCGAGAAGCGGAUGUAUGUGGGACGAAGACACGCUGGCGAGGUGUGGUCUGAUAUUCUGGAGUGGUACCCGGGGACUGUGACUAUUGAUAGGCAUGGGUAUGGGGAUUUCCCAGUGGCUGGGAUGAGUGUUAGUGUGUGGGUUAAUGUGGAGGCGGAGGGGAGGGAUGGGUUGGAUGCGUGUUUUGACACGACUAUUUAUGGGCAACCAAAGAUGGAAUGA